GAUGUAGAAUACAAUUGACCUUCUACCUUCCAAUUGACAUGACACAACAUAACCUCUAUUAUAUUAUAUAGACAAAUGAAAAAUGUAAACAAACAACAGGAAAAUGGAACUAAACAAAAAGUUUUAAAUUACAAUAUUUAAAAAUGGAUUUAGAAAACUCUCAAAUAGAUUCGUUACUGGAUAAAGUUAAUAUAGAGUUUAUGCUAGAGUUUGAAACUCAAAUUUUCUUAGAUAUAGUACGCACAGACGGUUUAGUUAUCGCCGCCAAGGGCCUUAAUCUAGAUUUAGUGUUACUGAACAUCUUGAAAGUCUAUCAGGAUCCAGGCAAUCUUGUGCUGGUAUUAAACGCCACAGAAGCGGAGCAAAAACACUUUGAUGAGAAGCUUAACUGUCAACAUGUCUAUAUUGAACAUGACAAUGCACAGUUUAGAAUGGAAGAAUAUCUCUGUGGUGGGAUCCACUUUGUUCCAUCAAGAAUCCUGGUAGUUGAUUUAUUAAAAAAACGACUGCCCAUUGAUAAAAUAACAGGAAUAAUAGUUUUAAGGGCACAUAGAAUUUUUGAAAGCUGUAACGAGGCUUUUAUUUUAAAACUCUACAGGCAGCACAACAAAACAGGUUUUAUCAAAGCAUUUUCAAACAGUCCUCAGAGUUUCACAGUGGGUUUUUGUCAAGUAGAAAGGGUGAUGAGGGCUCUGUUUGUAAAGGAGUUACAUAUAUGGCCCAGAUUUCAUGUCUUAGUGAGGCAAAGUUUAAAGAAACAUGAACCACAGGUAAUAGAGCUUCAUAUUCCAAUAACCGAACAAAUGAAAAAACUACAAACCUAUAUCUUAGAAAUAAUGAAUGCUACAGUAAAAGAACUAAAAAGGUUGAAUCCUGGUCUGGAAAUGCAAGAGAUAACAGUCGAAAAUUGCCUUACAAAGAAAUUCCAUAAAAUUUUACAGGCACAGAUGAACUUGAUUUGGCAUCAACUUAAUGACAAAAGCACCAGGCUGAUAGCGGAGCUGAAAGCAUUGAGACAUUUGCUUCUAUCAAUGUUUUACUCAGAUCCAGUGAGUUUUUAUGCAACCCUCCUGGAAUAUCGAAAGGUAGAAUAUGCCAGGACCGCUGAUUGGGUCUUAAACUCUUCUGCGGAAUUGCUAUUUAGAGAUGCAAGUGCUUUGGUAUUUUCAGGAGAUCGAGAGUUUAACCCUCAGUUUUGUCCAAAAUGGGAUGCUCUGCUGGAAAUUUUAAAAAUUGACAUCCCUGCACACAUUAAGAAGUCUGGUAACACUGAAAAUACCACUGUUUUAAUCUUGUGUAAUGAUAACAGGACUUGUCAUCAGUUAAAUGAGGUCUUGACUUCUGGGCCAUUUCACUACAUGUUCUUCUUAGCGUUAAAAAAGAAAAUUUCAUUCAAAUCUGUGAGCAGCAAGUUUAAAAACUGUCCCGAACUACCUGACAUAGCAAGGAAUGAAGAACAACCGCCAAAACAGUCAAAACACAACAAAAAGCAAAAAACUGGCAAAGAGCAAGAGAGCACAUCUGCUGAAAAGCAAGAGUCACAAGAAGAGGUUGAGGACAAUGAAGAUUUUCAAAGCACAUAUAUUUUGACUAUGAGUCAGAGUGUUUUGGAUGAUUUUGAUGAAAGUGCUACUAAAGAUCAGAGCAGUAUGGAUGAAUCUGCUUUCACACCAUUUACACAGAUGGAAAACAUGAAUCUGACCCAAAUAUGUGAAUCUCUCACAGCUCCAAAGAUUCUCAUUCAAACUUUUAAGGGUGGCGAAAACUACAUAAGCCUACAAAACAAUUUGCAGGUUCUAAAGCCCAAUUAUGUGAUAAUGUAUCAUAGUAAUAUAACUGCUGUAAGGGAAAUUGAGAUGUAUGAAGCCCAUAGGCAAAGUGAGACACCCUUAAAAGUAUAUUUCUUGAUACAUGCCACCACAGUGGAGGAACAAUCUUAUUUGACCACUCUGAGAAGGGAAAAGGAGGCUUUUGAGUUUUUAAUAGAAACGAAGGCUACUAUGGUUGUACCAGAAGACCAAGACGGAAAGUCCGAACAUAGUGCUGCAUUGCAAAGGGGAGGUCUAACACCGGAAAAAAACACCAGAAAAGGAGGCCAACAAGAAGAACCCGUCAAGAGACUUGUGAUUGUGGAUAUGAGAGAAUUUAGGAGUGAUUUGCCUUCGCUUAUUCAUAAGAGAGGAAUCGAAAUUGAGCCGGUGACAAUAACUGUUGGUGAUUAUAUUCUUACACCAGAAAUUUGCGUGGAAAGAAAAAGCAUAUCAGAUUUAAUAAGUUCUCUAAAUUCCGGUAGAUUGUACCAACAAUGCACCCAGAUGCAAAGGUUUUAUACUAAACCGAUGCUUUUAAUAGAGUUUGAUCAAAAUAAGCCAUUUGGUUGGAAUAGUCAUUACAUGAUAUCACGAGACGACGACAACUUUAACAUUCAGGAAAAACUAAUCUUGCUUACUAUGCAUUUUCCCAAAUUAAGGAUUAUCUGGAGUCCAAGUCCCUAUGCAACUGCUCAGCUGUUUGAAGAAUUAAAGCAAGGAAAAGAAGAACCUAGCAUAGAAAAUGCCAUGGCUAUUGGCGGAGAUGAGGACCUCGAUAGCAUUGAAACAAAAUAUAACUCUACCAUCUAUGAUUUUGUUCAGAAACUACCUGGAAUAAGUUCUAAGAAUUUAGACGUGUUUUUAAGGAAAGGCGUUAAUAUGCUGAAUAUUAUAAAAAUGUCUGAGGAAGAAUUAAAAGAUAUACUUGGAAAUUCAGCUGAUGCAAGAGCUCUUCAUACAGCUUUACAUUCGGAGGCAAUACCGAAGAAUGAACAAAAAGAAAAACCAAAAUUCAGUAAAGGAAGAGGAGGAUCUUCUAGUAGAGGGUUUUACUCUAGAGGGAGCAGAGGAAAGUGAUUUAAUUUUGAAGAAAGUUAAAUAAUUAGAAAAGAGAAAAUGUUGAAAAUAAAUAAGCCUGUAAAGUAUUAUAAGCAUGAAUCAUUUUAAAUUGUAAAAAUAAUUUUAGUAAUGAUUAGAUAAUACAACGGUUGCAUUUAAAACAAUUACUGUUAAAAUUAUUAUGGGUUUAAUUAAAUAAAGAUUUUUUUUUGAAAUGUG